CUCACAUUUUACAUCUAGAGUUAGGGUUCCAGUGCACAGUUGGAUGGGACUUCUGUUUCGUUUUUGUUCUUGUUGUUCUUGUUCUUGUUGUGUUGCUUCCCCACCCCGAAAGGAACUGAGGAUUGCACCCCCCCCCUCAUUUUCUUAAAUUUUGCUUUGUGACCAAAGGAUACCUUUUUUUCUUUUAUUUUUUUUAAGGCACAGUCAUUUAAUUUAACAGCAUAAAGCAGGAAAGAAAAUGCCUCGUUCUUUCUUGGUCAAAAAGUAUUUCGCCAAACAAAAGCCAAACUACAGUGAAUUGGAGUGUCAAAAUGACACCUUACUGGAGAGGUACCCGCUUGCAGAGCUUCCCUCAGGAGACAACAACAAUCCAUCUGCCACCUGUUACACAGCAGGCCUCCUGUGGGACCUGUCUGUUCUGCCUGCCCUCUACCUUCCCACCUCCGCCACAGAGCCUUCUCCCACACCAGGCCCUCUUGACCUCAGCUCCCCAUCCAGCCUCAGCAGCAAUGCCAGUAGUAGUGGAGAGGAGGAUGAAGGGCGCACCUCAGACCCUCCUAGCCCCGAACCCACACACACAUAUAUUCGGCAGCGGAUGAAAUGCACCAGUUCCAUCACCCAUGGAAGUCCCCGGGCAGAAGAGGAGGAGGAAGAGGAGGAGAGAGAGGCCCCAGUCACAGUGCCCAGGCCGGCCUUCCUCUGCAAACACUGCCCCAAAGAGUACACCAGCCUUGGGGCACUGAAGAUGCACAUUCGGUCACACACUUUGCCUUGUGUGUGCACCACAUGUGGUAAGGCCUUCUCCAGGCCCUGGUUGCUGCGUGGCCACAUCCGCACACACACAGGUGAGCGCCCGUUCUCCUGCCCCCACUGCAACCGGGCAUUUGCUGAUCGCUCCAACCUGCGGGCACACCUGCAGACCCAUGCCGAGGUGAAGAAGUACCAGUGCAGUGUGUGCUCGCGCACCUUCAGCCGCAUGUCCCUGCUGCAGAAACACAGCUCCUCGGGCUGCUGCUCCAGCACAGUGUGAAAACAUGGCCGGGGUGAGAGAGCGACUCACACGGACCUCAGGUCAGUGGAGGGCUGGUGGCAGCAGGGGAGGUCAUACAAGCCCAACCAGCCUGUUGACAACUUGCAAGACCACAAGAGCAUCAAAUGGUCUGCUUUAAGGGACCUAGAAUGGAUAAGUGAUUUGUAACAAGAACUGAAGCUUUAUCAUGGACCCGAAUCUUGCAGGCUUUCUGGCUUCUCUGCUCCCCAAAUCUUCAGAGGAGAAGCAAAUGCUUUUUUUUUUUUACUUCCUACAAUCUUCAGGUCACUCUUGGUUGCUGUCUUGGGCCAAAAUUGAACUGAGUGAUUCUGCAAUUCACUCUUUCUUUUUUUUAACCCCUUUUGAUGGUAAUGUGUCUGUUCCAAAGACCAAAUGUGUGAUAGACUUAUCGUUGUUAGUGGUGCCAGUGAUCUAUUCUGUCUCUGUCCUGGUGCCGGCCAGCUCAGGAUCAUAGCCUAGACACAGCUGCUGAGAGGUAGGGGUGUGUGGGUGGGAUAAGUCGCUCAGUAUGUUUCGGUAUACAUACACAUACACAAACAUAUAUAUACACACACACACACACACACACACACACACACACACACACACACACACACACACACACACACACACACACACACACAGCUGUCCCUGGUACUGUGGUGUAGAUAGAUGAAGUGCUAACAGGUGCUGCAGCCAUGACCUUCACUGGUUGAUAACAGGUGACUUCCCUGGACAAGCUUAAGAGAAAAGGGGAAGUAUGUCAUCACAAAAGGAUGGUGUCAGUUAGCCCUUUUGUGACUUUGGUUUUUCCUGCCAGGAGGAUACUUAAGCCUCUGUUUUGACCACAUUAAAAAUCUUGUUAUAUAGCUGAUGCGGUUUAGAGAUAGGAAAAGCCAUUUCAUCGAGGUAAGUUUCUGUGGAAGCUGCACUCUCAAUUACAACGUGGAUGACGGUGCAAGCACCAUGCACUCAAGGUUACCACAGUGUUAAUAAUGCCUGCCAAAGCCAUUUUUUUAUCUAAGUUAUGGUAAGAAUUUGUGUCUUGAAAUUGUAUUACUUUUGAAACCAAAAAUGUGCCUUUUUUUUUUACCUCAGUGGGUUGUUUUAAAAAAAUAAUUUGCAGUAUUAGUAGGUAAUUCUCACCAAAUGGAUGGAAAUGAAAGAAGGCUGAGACCAAAGAACAUACUUUUCAUUGUUUACUCCAUGGAAACAUGGUUGCCUAAUAUGUGAUCAGAACUAUGUAAAUGGACUUUAUACAGUUGCAUUUUUAAACUUUCCUAUACAUUUAUGGCAGUGUUCAUUGUGCAAUGUCCUGAUGCAUAUUGUGUUAUUUCACUUUUGUAUUGUGCUUCUGUGUUCAUUUCCAUUUCUUGCAUUUCAUUACUGAAAAAUUUGCAUUCAAUAAAGUAAUUUAUGUUUAUUAAAA